AUGCACAAACGUAUUCAUUCAGGUGAGACACCAUAUUCCUGUAAUAUCUGUGGCAAAUCGCUCUCAAGCAAAAGCAGUUUAAAUUCUCACAAACGUAUUCAUACAGAGAAGCCAUUUCACUGUGACGUCUGUGGUAAAUCAUUUUCUGCAAGUAGUAACUUGACCACACACCAACGUAUUCAUACGGGCGAAAAGCCAUUUCACUGUGAAAUCUGUGGUAAAUCAUUAUCUCACAGUAGUGCUUUAACGCAUCAUAAACGUAUUCACACAGGGGAGACUCCAUAUUCCUGUAAUAUCUGUGGUAAAUCAUUUUCUAGCAACAGUUCUUUGACUUCUCACAAACGUGUUCAUACAGGAGAGAAACCAUAUCACUGUGACAUCUGUAACAAAUCUUUCACUCAGAGAGUGAGACACCAUAUUCCUGUAAUAUCUGUGGCAAAUCGCUCUCAAGCAAAAGCAGUUUUAAAUUCUCACAACGUAUAUCAUACAGGUGAGAAGCCAUAUCGCUGCGACAUCUGUAACAAGUCUUUCUCUGUAAGUAGUACCCUGACUAUUCACAAGCGUAUUCAUACAGGAGAGACACCAUAUUCUUGUGAUAUCUGUGGUAAAUUAUUCUCCCGAAAUGACAACUUAGCUAAGCAUAAAUAUGUCCAUACAGGAGAGAAGCCGUAUCACUGUGAUAUCUGUAAUAAAUCUUUCUCUCUUAGUAGUACCCUAACUAAUCAUAAACGUUUCCAUUCAGGAGAGAAGCCAUUUCGCUGUGAAAUCUGUGGUAAAUCAUUCUCUCAAAGUAGUACUUUAACUUCUCAUAAACGUAUUCAUACAGGGGAGAAGCCAUAUCACUGCAACAUCUGUAACAAAUCUUUCUCUCUGAGUAAUAACCUAAUUACUCAUAAACGUAUUCAUACAGGGGAGAAGCCAUUUCACUGUGUCAUCUGUGGUAAAUCAUUCUCUGACCGAAGUACUUUCAUUUCUCACAAGCGUGUUCAUACAGGAGAGAAGCCAUAUCAGUGUAACAUCUGUAGUAAAUCAUUCUCUCAAAAAGGUGGCUUGGUUAGGCACAAACAUAUUCAUUCAGUUGACACACCAUAUUCUUGUAAUAUCUGUGGCAAAUCGCUCUCAAGCAAAAGCAGGUUUAACUUCUCACCAACGUAUUCAUACGGGUGA